AUGAAGUUAAAGAUUAAUAAGAAAAAACUCAUUUUGUCUUCAUCCAAAGGAGAUGGAGAAAAACCAAAACUAAAACUAAAACCGCCGCCAUCUUCAUCUUCAUCGUCUUCAGCAUCAUCAGGAAUUACUAAAGAUGGAAAUGCGAAGAAACCUCCAAGAAUCAUUAAACUAAAGCCUGUUAAGAAAAAGAAGCUGAUAUUGCGAGUGAAAUUUGAUGCAGAUAAUACUAAGAAAGAUGGGCUUGGAAAACCCAAGGCUCCAAAAAUCAAAGUGGUCCCAAGGAUCCCCCUGAUCAAGUUGAAAGUUUUUGGGGAUGGAUAUGAUUCAGAAGCUCCCGAUAAAGAAGAUGAACCAUUAUUGGAAGAAGGUAUUGUUCUAAGGUUGAUGAAAGACGCAGAGCUAGAUUACGUAAGGCAGUGUGUUGAAAGUGGAGGCAGUGAUUUAUCAGGAAUAAAUAUUAGAUGGAAAGAUCCAAGAAGGGCUGUCAUUAUUAUUAAUAAUUCAUACUUCUUGGCAAAGUUGGUGGAUUUACCGACAGUAUUAGAGAGUCACAAAUCAGUUGACAAAAAAAAUAUAUUCAAAACUAUUGAUGUUUGCCAAAUGUUAUAUGCCUUCAAAAAGAUUAGUGCCCAGGACUACGAAAUCUUCUUCAAUUACAAUGAUGAAGAUGAAAAUGGCAACCAAAAUCAAAAGGGGGAUGGGCAUGAACAGGAAGUCAUACAGAGUAUUAAAGAAUCAUACGAUUCUAUUCAUGAACUACAUAAUGAUGGGAUAGCUCCACCUAUGAAUGACAUUCGUCACAAUAGAUUUAAACCGAGUUUGAAUAUCAAAAACAUCGAAAAAAUUGAAAACAAAGUGGAGGAAUUGUUAAGGCUAGAUGAAGAGGCAGAAACUGUUCGCUUAGACCUCAUGAAUGAAGAUGAAUAUAAUAAUAGUGUUGCCAAUUUCCAAGCAUCAGGUUUCAAUCAACCAGCAUCGAUUAAUGUCUCUCAUACUUUGGAAAGUCUUGUUUCCCCAAGUAGUAAUAUAGGCACUACACCUGAAGCCUUUGGGCAAGAUGGAGAAGAAGAUGAAUAUGGUGAGGCUGACGAUGAAGAUGGCGAGGAAGUUGAUGUUGAAGUUGAAGGCGAUGAUGAAAUUGAUGACCAAGAUAUAGAAAACAUGCUUAAUGAUUAUGACUUUGAAGCUGAUGAAAACGGAAACCAAGAAAUUGAAAUCGAGCAAGCCAGUGAAGAUGAUGAUGACGAAGACGAUGAUGACGAUGAUGACGAAGAUGAUGACGAAAAUGAUGAAGCUGAGGAUGAAGAUGAAGAAACUAUAUCUUCGAAGCAACAUAACAGGAUAUUGAGGGAAGAAAUUGAUGAAUUGGAAGCUACCGUCAAGGAAAAGGAGAAAACCCUUAGCGAUAUUCACAAUGAGAUACUUAAGGGUAGAGUCAUAGGUACCAUUCAAAAAUUAAAACAUGAAUUAGAAGUAAAGAAGCGACAAUUAAAGACGGAGGAAGAUAAAGGUAAAAGGGAUCAGAAAUCAAACAAUUCUGAUAACGAUGAGGAAGAGGAUGAAGAUGAAGAAAAUGACGAGGAGGAUGAUGGCUCUGAGGAUGGUUCCGAGGAUGAUGCAGAGGAUUCAGAUGAAGAUGAAGAUGAAGAUGAGAAGAAUAAUAAUAACAAUAAUAAUGAGAAUAAUAACGAGAAUAAUGAUGAUAGUAAUGAUAAUAAUACUGAUAAGAAGUUGGUAGAGAUGGUCGGUGAUAAUAUUGAUGAAGAUGAUUAUGAUGAUGAGUUAGAGGGAUUGUUUUAG